GCGACAGGGGGAAUUUUGUUUCCGUUGAUCGCCCAGCAGCUUCUCCCCAAGAUUGGAUUCCUAUGGACGGUGCGCGUGAUGGGGUUGGUAGUUACUGUGGCGUCCAUGAUUAUUAUGAUAAUCGCCAAGACGAGAAUGAAGGCGAGGAAAGCUGGGCCGCUUGUUGAAUGGGCUGCGUUCAAGGAGCCGGCGUAUGUCUUGUUUGCGGUGGCCAUGUUCUUUACCUUGUGGCCUACUUGGAUCUCGUACAAUUACGCUCGACAGUACUCAACCAACAAACUGGGCGGUUCAGCCUCAGACUCAUUCCUCAUGCUCAUCGCCAUCAACGCUGUGGGCGUCCCAGGCAGAAUGAUAUCAGCCUUCUUGGCCGACCGCUACUUCGGCGCCAUAAAUGUCUUCAUCCCUACAAUAUUCUCCGCUGCGCUGUGCCUCUACAUGUGGUCGCAGGUGGACACACUAACAGGUGGUUUCGUCUGGGUCAGCGUCUUUGGAUAUUUCGGUGCAGCAGUCCAAAGCUUGUUCCCCUCGUGUUGUGCGAGCCUGACUCCAGAUUUGAGUAAAGCAGGGACGAGAAUUGGUAUGAUCUUUACGAUUAUUAGUUUUGCCGCGUUGACGGGGUCGCCGUUGGCAGGAAAGUUGAUGCAGGCCAUGGGAGGGAGCUAUUUAGCGGCCCAGCGAUGGGGCGGUUCGUCUAUGAUAUUGGGCAUGUGUUUGCUGUAUGCUGCUAAAAGAGCUGAAGCUAGACAAAAGAUAUAG